AUGGCGACAGAAGGCGGGGAUUUAUUCUCCUCCAUCAACCUGGACAAACUGGGCAGAAUCGAGGCAGAAAUCAACGGAGACCCAGAGUUCAAAGCAUCUGCGGCCAAGGUGGACAAUGUCCGAUUUGGAAUCUGCUCUUCAAAUGCUGGCGACAAGCUGCUCUUUAGCAUCAAUCUGGGGAAUGUGACAGUACAGGAUGGCUCAGCGGCUGAGUGGACGCCUCAAUUUGGGCUCUACGCACAAUCGGAACACUGGCAGCACGUUUUUGCUGCUGUACCCAAGCGCCCUUUUCAGUCAUACUGGGGGAUGCUCCGGCUGCUGGGCUCAAGCUCUGGUGUCGAGGUCAGUGGCGACAAGGAAGCCUUCACCAAACAUGCGCGGCUGUGGAGGAUCGUGUUGGACCGGAUCCGGGACACAUUGCACCCUCCGCCGGCCGCGUCGACUGUGGCUGAAUAUACCCCAGAUGACGAGUGCGACGACGACUCCAUCGUUGGUCAUUAUACCUGGCUCACGUUGACGCCGGUGGGGAAGUGCAAGAUCUUCUACGAGAUCUCAGGCCACGGCGAGCAAACCGUCCUCUUCCUCCACACCGCAGGGGCCGACUCGCGGCAGUAUCACUCGCUCAUGCUCAACAAAGCCCUUCAAAGCCGAUGUACCAUGUACGCCUUUGAUCUGCCGGGCCACGGGCGCUCGUUCCCCGGUACGCUGCAAUACCCUCACUCGUACGCGAACAGCGAGGACUUUUACAUCUCGGCAAUCCACCAAAUGAUUUUGAAACUCAAGCUCAAACGAGUCAUUGUCUCCGGCGCCAGUAUGGGCGGUGAGGUUUGUCUAGCGGUGGCGCUGCGGGCCAAGGAGAUGGACGUCCGGGGCGUGAUCCCCUGCGAAGCAUGCGACUACCUGCCCGCGCAGCAGGCGGCGGCCAUCUACUCGCUGCAGGGCGACGAGGCGGUGCUCAACGCGGAGCGCGUGUGUGGCAUGAUCUCGCCCACCUCGCCGGCCAUCUACAAGCGGCUGAACUGGUGGUUGUACUCGGCGCAGGCCUCGCAGAUUUUUCCGGGCGACCUCAAGUUCUACUUUGAGGGGUGGGACGGCCGCGACCGCAUGGCGCAGAUCGACACGGCCGCCUGCCCCGUGUACAUGCUGACGGGUGAGUACGACUACAGCUGCUCGCCCGAGACGAGCCGGCGCACGGCCGACAAGAUCCAGGGCGCCGUGUUCGAGGAGAUGAAGGGGCUAGGCCACUUUCCCUUUAGCGAGGACCCGGAGCGUUUCCUGCCCUAUUUCACCAGGGCGCUGGAUCACAUUCUGGCAAAAGGGACGUGA